CCUUUGGCCACUCCGAUCAAACAAUCAAAUCGAAAGUUAUAAAUUUCUCUAUUGUCAUCAUUCCACAACAACCAAAUCAUGAACCUUCGCAAAUCAAUCGUUCUUACAUUCCUCAUCACUCUUCUUCCCCUCAUCCAGCUCCUAAGCCCUACCAAUGCAUUACCAUCCCCACCAAUAACAGCUCUUUACGCCUUCGGCGACUCCACCGUGGAUCCCGGCAACAACAACUACAUCCCCACUCUUUUCCGAAGCAACCAUCCUCCCUACGGCAAAUCUUUCCCGGCCAGACUCCCCACCGGAAGAUUCUCUGACGGGAAACUCGCCACCGACUUUUUAGCCUCCUUUCUAGGGCUCAAACCCACCGUACCAGCUUACCUAAACCCUUCGGUCAAACCCUCUGAGCUUUUGACCGGCGUCAGUUUUGCCUCGGCCGGAAGUGGUUUAGAUGAUCGUACGGCGGCCUUAUCGUUGACUUUGUCCAUGGACAGGCAGUGGAGGUACUUCGAAGAGGCCGUGCGGAAGAUGAAGAGUUUGGUUGGAGAGUUAGAGACUGAUCGGGUGAUUAGGAAUGCAUUGUUCGUGAUUAGUGCGGGCACUAAUGAUAUGACUAAUAACGUUUACAGUCAUGCCCGUGGGAAUUUCAUCACUGCUUCGGAUUAUCAAGAUUAUCUCCUUACCAAAGUCGAAUCUUUUGUCCAGAGGCUAUAUGACGCAGGAGCAAGAAGGAUUACAGUAGCUGGACUACCACCAAUCGGAUGCCUUCCAGUGCAAGUAACAGCUGGUAGCCUCACUUCUCGAAACUUCCUUCGUAGGACCUGUACUGAACAUCAGAACGUUGAUUCUCUGGUGUACAACCAAAAGCUACAGAGGCUAACCUCCCGUCUUAGUCAGAGGCUUCGAGGUUCCAAAGUUCUUUACCUUGAUAUCUACUCUCCGUUGAUAGACAUGGUCAAAUACCCUCAGAAAUACGGCAUAGAGGAAACACUGAGAGGAUGCUGCGGGACAGGGUUUCUUGAGGCAGGACCUUUAUGCCAGCCAAUGUCUAGGACUUGUGCCGAUGUUUCAAAGUAUUUGUUCUUUGAUUCUGUGCAUCCUUCUCAGAAGGCUUACUCUGUCAUUGCUCGUUUCGCCUUGCGAAAUUUGUUUCCUCUCCUCUAGGCUCUAGUUCAUUAUUUUUGUUUCAAAAUUUUCUUAAUACAUUAUUGGUGUUCUAGUUAUAACAAUUCCUUUUAUUCCA